CAGAAGGAAUCCCCGUCGGAUUCUUGGAUCCGAAGGAGAACUGGCCUGGCGGCGACGGGAGCAUGAGAGCAGAAGUUACCACCGCAUGCUUCGAGGCCUUACGUCGUCGGUCCCUCGGUUCGGCGUUGCCGUUCAGCUGGUUCGAUAGCAUCGCGCAGCCAGUCGAGAACGAGGAGGACAGCGCAGUGGACUGUCGGACUGGCACCAUCGACCUGCGCGGCCUUCGAUCGCGAAUUCUCCAAUGAGACUGCACACGGGGCUGCGCGACGAUCCCGUGCUCCGAACGAGCUCCAUUGUCGUAGUUUAGGUCGGUUUCGGCUGGGCCUGUGACAGGUUGACUGGCCGUAGGAGCGGGUCCUGGUGAGUGGGGCGAUGGCGUUAAGGACGACGUUGGCGAGGGCGUUGUCUUCAGCUUCGUUGCGCUACUUGUCGACCACCACGUGUAGAAGUUCGCCGUCAUGUUCUCCCUUCGUUUCCCCGAGGAUGGUGCGAUUGGCCAGGACGCAUUUUUUCGGCAAUGCCCAAGGGCUGCGAUACGAGAUUCCGCAGAAAUUGGGAUGGAAUCCGAGCAGACAGAUGGGCGCCCGAGCUAAAAUCAAGCGACGGAAGGAUUCCACGUUCGACAACAUUAUUCAGAGAGAAAAGAAGCUGAAGAUUGUCUCUAAAAUCAAGGAGAUUCUAGUGAAGCAGCCCGGGAGAACGAUGACUUUGUUGUCGCUGGGAAAGCACCGUAAAUCCAUAGGAUUGACCGGCAGGAGGCGUGUUAUCGCCCUUCUGAAUAGGUUCCCAGCUGUCUUCGAGGUUUAUGAAGAGGGUUGUAACUUAAUGUGCGUACGUUUCACAGAAGAAGCUGAACGUCUGUACGAAGAGGAGGAGAAGAUCAAGGAAGACUUGGAGGUGUUCUUGGUAGAGAAACUGAGGAAACUUGUAAUGAUGUCCAUUGACAAGAGAUUGACUCUGGACAAAAUUGCGCAUAUCAGGAAAGAGCUCGGCCUCCCAGACGACUUCAAAACCAGUAUUUUGCCCAAUUACCCGCAGUAUUUCAAAGUAGUCGAGACAGGUGAUGGCCCUGCUCUGGAGCUAACUUUCUGGGAUCCUCUGCUGGCCGUCUCGGCUGCUCAAAGAAAAGCUGCCGCACCAGUCUCAGAAGAUGAGGAUGCGGACGGUUUUCCACGCGCUCCGAAAAUUAUCAUAGACGGAGAGGAGAUCAGAUCUACAGCCGUCAGUAGCAAACGGCUGAACCUGCCUAAAGGUGUUCAGCUCUCGAAGAAGGAUAGGGUUGUUGCCUUGAAGUUCCAACAGAUUCCCUAUCAAUCACCCUACGACGAUGCAUCAACACUGGACCCCGCUAGCGUGGAAGCAGAGAAAAGGGCUUGCGCAGUUGUGCAUGAGCUCUUGAGUCUGACAUUGGAGAAGAAAACGCUGGUAGAUCAUCUGACGCAUUUCAAGAAGGAUUACAAGUUUUCUCAAAGAAUUCGAGCCUUGCUGAUUCGCCAUCCCGAAAUGUUUUAUGUCUCCUUCAAGGGACAGCGGGAUUCUGUCUUUUUGCGGGAAGCUUACAGGGGUUCAGAGCUCAUAGAGAAGGACCCUCUGGUUGUCGCAAAGGAACGGCUUGCCGAGCUUGUGGCAGUGUCUAGACAGUCAAGAAUGAGGGAACAGGCUGCUUUGCGCGCAGAUGGCACUGAAAUUGAGGAGGGCGAUGAUGACUACGAGGAUGAUGAUGAUGAGGAUUAUGAAAGUGAAGAUGAGGACGACGAGGAUGAUGAAGAGGACGACGACAAUGAAGACGCGGAAGCCAGAGAAAGUGUCGAUGAAGGUAAGACUUCAAGGGCCCCUUCUAAAUCUCAGAAGAGGGUCCCGGAAGAAAGACCUGCAACAAGCAGACCGAGAGCGACUGUGUCGUCAUCCAGACCAAGGCCAGUUGAGGUGGACGAAUUCUUGAGUAACCAGAAUAGAGUCAGGGAGCGAUGGUAGAGACGUUCAUCCCACUGUAGAUUUUGCUCUUUACUAGGGUCAUGAAAAUUGAGAAAUUUUCACGUAACGUAAGUAGCUGCUCUGGUGUCUUCACUUAUCAGUCUGAAUGUUAUCCAACAUUUUGAUGCGGAGAUAUAAGUUUGACCCAGCCCACAGAGUACCCAGAAUUUUGUAGAUUUUAAUUUUUCUACCUCUGAGUAGUUCAAGAGUAUUGAAUCCAACUUGUUCAGUGCUGUCUCUUUGCUGUGUUCACAUGCAAUUUCAAUGACGAUACCCACGUCAAUUAGUGACUUAUUACUGGCAUCGGUGUGCUCGAUGAUCAUUUGUUC